CCCUGGAUUACAUGUCACAGUAGUGUGUCUUAUUUUUCUGCAGGUGUGCGUGGAUAUGCCCCAGGUGUCGUGCUCGCAGAUCAUGGUCGCUGGGAUAAACGUGGAUGUACUGACAGACAGCAGAUAGUAUGCCUGCACAGUUGGCGCGGCUCACGCGAUGUGGCACAAUAUGGCACGCGUAAAGAUGGGUCUCUUCGCUCUCCUGUGUCUCCCCACGUUUUUCUUCCGUGUCCUCGUGCUCUCCCACAGCAGCAGCAUCUAUGAGCGGUCAGUGGUCCCCCGCGCCGCGCCUCGCUCCGUGGCCCGAAUGGACGGAGACGUGAUCAUCGGCGCGCUCUUCUCCGUCCACCACCAGCCGUCUGCGGAGAAAGUGGCCGAGCGGAAGUGCGGGGACGUCCGCGAGCAGUAUGGCAUCCAAAGGGUGGAAGCCAUGUUCCACACUUUGGACCGGAUCAACGCUGACCCGAACCUGCUCCCAAACAUCAGCCUGGGCUGUGAGAUCCGGGAUUCCUGCUGGCACUCCUCCGUGGCCCUGGAGCAGAGCAUCGAGUUCAUCCGGGACUCCCUCAUCUCCAUCCGAGAUGAUAAGGACGGGUCCAAAUGGUGCAUUGACGGUACCCCGUCCAACCAGCCUCCACCCACCAAGAAGCCCAUCGCCGGAGUGAUCGGACCGGGAUCCAGCUCUGUUGCCAUUCAGGUGCAGAACCUGCUGCAGCUCUUCAACAUCCCGCAGAUCGCCUACUCUGCCACCAGCAUCGACCUGAGUGAUAAGACUCUGUUCAAGUACUUCCUGAGGGUCGUGCCCUCGGACGUCCUGCAAGCCCGGGCCAUGCUGGACAUUGUCAAGCGGUACAACUGGACCUAUGUGUCUGCGGUGCACACUGAGGGAAACUAUGGGGAGAGUGGCAUGGAGGCCUUCAAGGAGCUGGCCUCUCAGGAAGGCUUAUGCAUUGCCCACUCGGACAAAAUCUACAGCAAUGCGGGGGAGAAACACUUUGAUCGCCUUUUGAGGAAACUACGAGAGCGUCUACCCAAAGCGCGUGUAGUGGUAUGUUUCUGCGAAGGCAUGACUGUCCGAGGUCUCCUGAUGGCCAUGAGGCGACUGGGGGUGUUUGGGGAGUUCCUCAUCAUCGGCAGUGAUGGAUGGGCAGACCGUUAUGAGGUUGUGGAGGGCUAUGAGCAGGAAGCAGAGGGAGGAAUCACUAUGAAGCUGCAGUCUGAGGUGGUCAAGUCCUUUGAUGACUACUACCUGAAGCUGCGUCUGGACACCAAUACCAGGAACCCUUGGUUCCCCGAGUUCUGGCAGUACCGCUUCCAGUGCCGCCUACCCGGCCAUCCACAGGAGAACAAGAACUACAAGAAAGUCUGCUCUGGAAAUGAGAGUCUGCAUGAAAACUAUGUUCAGGAUAGUAAGAUGGGCUUUGUCAUCAAUGCCAUCUAUGCCAUGGCCCACGGCCUCCAUGAUAUGCACAAGGAGAUGUGCCCGGGGCAGACAGGGCUCUGUAAUGCCAUGGACCCUAUCGACGGUAGCAGGCUGCUGGACUACCUGCUCAAGACGUCCUUUGGAGGAGUCUCAGGGGAGGACAUUUAUUUUGAUGAAAACGGAGACACCCCAGGAAGGUAUGACAUCAUGAAUCUACAGAGCGUGGGGGAUAGUCGCUAUGACUACAUAAACGUGGGCUCCUGGCAUGAGGGCAUCUUGAAUAUCGAUGACAACAAGCUGUGGAUGAACAACAGUGACAUGGUCCGUUCAGUCUGCAGUGAAGCCUGCUCUAAAGGACAAAUCAAGGUGAUAAGGAAGGGCGAGGUGAGCUGCUGUUGGAUCUGCACCACAUGCAAGGACAAUGAGUACGUCCAGGAUGAGUUUACCUGCAAGGCCUGUGAGCUGGGAUGGUGGCCUGAUGAUGACCUGGCAGUCUGCCAGCCCCUGCCUCUGAAGUAUCUUGACUGGGCGGAUGUGGAAUCCAUAGUCGCAGUGGUUUUCUCCUGCGUGGGCAUCCUGAUCACCUCCUUUGUCACCUUCAUCUUCAUCCAGUACCGUGAUACCCCUGUGGUGAAGUCCUCCAGCAGAGAACUCUGUUAUAUCAUCUUGGCAGGCAUCUUCCUGGGCUACAUCUGUCCGUUCACCUUGAUUGCCCGUCCCACAGUGGCCUCCUGCUAUUUGCAGCGGCUCCUGGUGGGCCUGUCAUCUGCCAUGUGCUACUCCGCCCUGGUGACCAAAACUAACCGCAUCGCCCGCAUUCUGGCAGGCAGCAAGAAGAAGAUCUGCACCAGGAAGCCCCGUUUCAUGAGCGCCUGGGCCCAGGUGAUUAUCGCCUUUAUGUUAAUCAGUGUACAGCUAACUCUGGAGAUCACGCUCAUCAUUCUGGAGCCCCCUGAGCCCAUCAAGUCGUACCCGAGCAUUCGUGAGGUCUACCUCAUCUGUAAUACCAGCAACGUGGGCAUGGUGGCACCACUGGGCUACAAUGGCCUGCUAAUCAUGAGCUGCACCUAUUAUGCCUUCAAGACACGGAACGUCCCAGCCAAUUUUAAUGAGGCUAAAUAUAUUGCCUUUACAAUGUACACUACCUGCAUCAUCUGGUUGGCCUUUGUGCCCAUCUACUUUGGCUCCAACUACAAGAUCAUAACCACAUCUUUCUCUGUCAGCCUGAGUGUGACAGUGGCACUGGGGUGCAUGUUCACACCAAAGAUGUACAUUAUCAUCGCCAAACCAGAGAGGAAUGUCCGAAGCGCCUUCACCACAUCUGAUGUGGUGCGAAUGCAUGUUGGAGAUGGAAAGUCUGCAGCUCCCUGCGGGAGCAACAGUCUCCUCAAUAUGUUCCGCCGGAAGAAGCCUGGAUCUGGCAAUGCCAAUUCUAAUGGCAAGUCUGUGUCAUGGUCUGAAUCAGGUGCAAGACACCCUCCGAGGGGGGGGAAUGUGUGGCACAGACUGUCUGUGCAUGUGAGGAAACAGGAAGCCAGCUUGAAUCAGACGGCGGUCAUCAGGCCCCUAACUAACACCCCCGACCCCCACAGUUGUGAGCCCUCCACCUGCGACCUUGGCACAGAUCCCCAUCUCCCCCAAGAACCACCUGGUGCUAAGCCUCUAUACAACCGGGUGGAACAGGGCGACGAGGAUGAUGCGCAGCGCCCCCUCUGGACUCCGACUUGCUCUGGACAGAUGCAAGGCCUGGAGCCCCAUUUAGAUAAGCCGGCUUCUUAUUUGCCCCCUCACUUGACGGGCUGCACCACAGAGCGCUUGCAGGGGGCCUUGGUGGACACACACAGCUCCCAUGUCCCUGCACUGAAUGACCACACCAGGGAGGAAAUCCCUGCCAACGAGCCUUUGAGCUUAACACCCUCUCAUCUUCCUUUGGUCCCAAAAGUGGGGGUGUUUGAAAAGGAGGGGCUCGAGGACGAGGAACUGGACCUCUUACACUGCUACAUUUAUGAUGCCAAGGAGGAGGGGGAGGGGGAGGACGGGGAAAGCGAGGAUUUAACUCAGAACAAGCCAACUCUGGAGGAUUCCCUGGCUCUGUCUCCCCCCUCCCCCUUCAGAGACUCUGUGUAUUCAGGGGAGUCUAUCAUCGGCUCCCCCAGCAUUGAGUCGAUGCUCGGUAGCCCCCCGAGCUCAGUCUACACCUCAGACAUCCUCCGAGACUUCGCACACAGCUCCUCAACACUGUGAGAGCAAAACAGGCGCUGACACGGCUGCUGUCAGCACACUUGUACAUCACACCGACAUUCAUUUCCACACAGGUACACAUUCACACACACACAAACAUAUACAGAUGCAUACAACAUUAUUCACCAUUUCACACGUUUUUUAACAUUUAUUUUCUGCUCUGUCAUUUGCUUGCUUGUAUUUAUUACUCUGCUUUUAUCAGUAAGGGGUUAAUGAAACAUAGAAGUAGAAAAUCACCAGGAAACAUCCGUCGCAAAUGCAUACAUUUCUGAAGGGCUGUCAGUGCACAUAGCCUCUCUGUAAAAUGUAAAAUUGGGAAACGGUGCCAAAACUAGUCAGCUCUCAUGCCAAAUUUUGAUGAAUUAAGCAACACUGAGAAUCUUAAUAAAGGAUGUAGCUGUGUUUUUCAUAGUGGCAGUUAUAAAAGCCCAGUUCAAUGUGAGCACUGCACUCUAAGACACAACCAGAGACGAAGCUGUCUCUAAGGACCGCAAUAGCUCAAGUGCAUUUCAUGCCAGCUUGAAUUAGCUCAGACAUGUACCGGCCUGUGCAGGUGUGUAGCAGUCACAGCUGCAUCAAAAAUAAUUUCCUUUUCACCUUUUUUUAAGAAUAAAUCUCACCUCAGCUCUCUCACAUCAGACCUCAUUGCAAUUAAAAUAUAUUACAAAGAGAUAAACUAACAUGAAAAGUGCAGUAAGUUGGUUGAAUAUUACUUUUAUGUGUUGCAAGGUGUGCUUAAUAUCACAAAAAAUACUACUACUGAACUGAGAUACUGCUGAAGACUUGCGCUGUGUGAUAUGUGAUAUGGAUAUAAUGUGCCAAUCAAAGUUGUUAUCAACCUACAUCCCUGCUUUCAAUUUUUACGAUGUAGCUGAUACAGGUUAGCUUGAUUGUAGAUGAUGGCAAUGUUAUUUAUUCAGUUUACACUUGAUCAUAACCCUGAGAACAAGUUUUAUGAGCAUGGGAUGUGAUAGGAGAACUACUUUUGAUUUCCAUGCUGUGUUGAUAUUUCUCAUGUUUUCUGAGUUUGCUGUGUCAUUGUAAUGGAAAACACAGUACUUGUACAAGUUCUCAAAGUUUGUAAUACUGUUAAGCCAUCUCUUGUUUUUCACACAGGUGGUAUGUUUGUAAUACUGAUAAAUGUUUAUAUAUAUUUAGAAUGUCAACAGAAAAAAAGAGUUUAUACAUUUUGAAACUGUCCUCAGAUACUUGUCAAGGAGCAGUGUGUUUUGGUUUUUGGGUAACUUUUAAGCUAACUUGAGUCGACUGUAUCCUCUUGAAAAUAUUCAGUUGUAAAAGUAACCAAUGAUUAGUUGCUUCUUGUAAUGAGAUUACAUGUUUCAAUUUUGCUUAAAUCUUGCAUUAUGAACUUAAGUAGUUUACUUGAGGUUAAGUUUCUUAGUUCUUUAUCAAUAAGAAUGCAAAUUAUUUCAAAGUAUAAGAAUAUACAGUACAUAGUGCAAUUGUAUUGUAUUUCCAAAUGGUUUUAGUCUAUUAUAGUGGAAGUUGUUCAAUGAUUUUAACCAAUGUAAAAUAUAAAAAGGUGCCACAAUGUUUAACACUGUCAAACCUAGAAUGAAAUAGGCCUUUAUG